GGGACAGAACCACUCAGUCACAUCAGUAUGUCUUCCUUUACUUCCCAGAAGUCAGACCAGACUGAUGUUCCUCCCCCGCCGCCACCGCCCCCAUUGAUCGGCAAAAUAGCCCCCAAGCCCCCAAAUGUAGCAUCCGAGGGACCCGCCGGGUCUUACCUCGUCGAGUUACUAAUUUUCAACGGCUGGCCUUUUAAAGAUCACUGGGCGUACUGGGUCCGGUCACAUUCCGACCCUGAUAUCGGUGUGCAGCUUCAUGCGACCGGGGAUGUAAGGAACGGCUUCGAGUUCCAGAUCAAACGCAACUAUGACUUCCACGAUGAGAACAGUGAAUGUCCCUCGACUAGAACCCCCCUACAAUGGAUUGAUGGGAAAUACUUUGACGAACGGGCAAUGAUGAAUAAUGGGGUGUUUAAGUUGGACAAUAUGCCUGUCUGUGGCUUUGAAGCUUCUGCAUACAAGGUCAAGGCUCCAGAGAAGUCUUUGAAUACUGUUACCCAGACUACCAUUUCGGAAGGCCAAAAAGGUCAGAAGGUGAACCAAAGGAGCUGUCAGACAUGGAUUGUGGAGUCUGCCGAUCAACUCGUCGGGGAUGGGAUCUUUAGCCAAAAGGUUGCGACGUAUCUUCGUGCUAUUGAGCAGUGAUACACAUGAGUUUUAUUAUUUACCGGCAGCUUGUGAACUAAGAGAAUAAGAAUCAGUUCUCCCACGAGGGUAAAUCGAACGUGGCCGUACGAGUUGCGUCUUUUUCGAGGCGAAGUAGCGGCUCAGCCUUGCCGAUCGGGACCUGAAACUGCCAACCAUUGUUCGCAAUGCGGGCAGCGGAUUUGUCCGAAAUCUGAGUGGAUAUCGUGCCGUAGGAUCCACUGGAGAAACGGAGUCUAAGAUGGCACUAACGGGGCACCAGGAGCAUUGACAUCUCCCGCCAAUUUCCCUAAGCCUGCAAUUGGGACCUCUUUGCACAAUCCUCGAUGGGAGAGAUGUCAGGUAACAUAUUGAUUCGAAUCAAAAUAAGACCAGUGGAGGAGGAACCGGAGGAUUAUGGUGGAGCAUCACUAUAGACCCGCAGAGUCGCUGUCCAUCAAUGCUUAACGACGACGAUAAGAAUCUUGGUAGGGGCCCCACCGGGACGCUCAGACAGCGAUUCUGGCGCAAUUGGAUGAAUUCGGUAAUCUUACGACCGCUGUGAGCGGGGGAAAUUAUCACAGGGGUUAUACGUUCAUCUCGUAAGAGAUUAAGAAGCAAGGAUCGACGAGACAGUCAAG